AUGAAAACAUCUGCCAAAGAGAUUUUAACGGGAGACACUGUUGGAGACCUCUCUGAUGAACCUUUGAUUGAUACAACAGCAGCUCUCUCGUUGCAUUCCAAGCGCACCGAGCGACGACAGAAGAAACGCCACCGCAAGGCGUCAAAACAGCAGGCAUCCUUUCUCGAUCUUCCGUCUGAAAUCAUCCUCGAGGUCAUAUUUCUCUUGAGACCGAGCGAUAUCUUCAAUCUCGCAAGGAGUUCCAAGGGGAUUCAACAAUUCAUCAAUGGAGAACCCGAGCGAAUCGCUGGAAACGUCAUCGCAUUACGAUACCCAGUCCUUACACAAUGUUUCCCUCUCCCCAUCCUUCUCAAAAAUGUCGAUAAAGAAGCUUAUGCAGCUCUUAUGGACGAUGAGAGGCAAACCAAGCAUCUGCAUAUCCAUAAGAAACCCUACCAACACGUUUUACCACCAGAUCCAAGCAGGAUAUGCACGUGCUUGACCUGUAUUCUCGCGUGGAACAAUCUUUGCUUAAUUAUCGAUUUUGCUUUCUGGCAGAAUAAUCUGGAGAAAGGAGAGCCGAUUUCGAUGAUAGCUAGAGGAAAAGUUCCUCGAUGGAAUCAGAAACUUAUUACCGCCAAUGCAUCGAUCGUUCAGAAGGCUCUGCGUGACCCGUUGUGGUAUGCCAGGAUACUAGAGCAGCAUCUCAAGACCACGGUGAGAUCGAUCCGCCGACAAGGGAACAACUCCGGAAACAAACGAAGACGAUUUAGAAUGGCGCCUGAAGAUGUUGCUGCAGAAAAUGACGAAUUCUUGAAAAGAAGUGGACCUCCUACUCUGGAUUUCCCGUUUCAUAGAGAUAAUUACUACAUGCUAGAAGCGUAUUUGCCAAAUCGAGGGUGGAAUUCAGAGGCGGGGGAGUGGAGGUAUAUGCCUUCGACACAGCAUGAUAGGGAUAUCGAGUAUGUGAAAGCUUGGGCAAAUAGGCAGGAAGAGAUAAGAAAGGGACUGUGUAAUAGGGAAUCGAAAGAUUAG